GUUCUGACUUACUUCGGGAUGACAUUGGCCGCUUUCGCCUUCUGGCAGUCCAUGGACAAAGUUCAUGUCUGGAUCGCUCUUCAUCAAGACGAGAAGCAAGAAAGAAUGGAGAAGGAAGCGGAGGUAAAGCGGGUUAGAGCAGAGCUGCUGCGGAAGGCUAGAGAGGAGGAUCCUCUUGCUUGA